AUGACCGCCGACGUGUGUGAUCAACUAGGUCCCUUGGGGAUUGCCCGACUGCUGCGCCAAACGGAUGGCCAACUCUUUGCUGGCUGGCGCGAGCACGCUGGCAUCUUCGAUCUCGACAUUCAAACCCGUCUACAAGCCCUGAGCGAGAUCGCGGAGGAAAAAUUGCUUGGAAUCAUUCUCAAGGGCGAGCCCCACCGCUUCGUCUUUACAGGCUGUGGCACGAGCGGUCGCAUUGCCUGGCUCUGUGCGCGUGCCUUCAACCGAAUCCUGCGUGCCCACCAUCCCGAUGUAGGGGUGUGCUUUCAGUAUUGCAUCUCCGGGGGUGACGAGUCGCUGGUCAUUAGCAACGAACUGCCUGAAGAUGACCCUCACGCGGGUACUGCCGAUGUGAAACGCGCUACCAAAGAUGCAGCUGAUGUAAUGGUAAAUAUACUAACCGCUCCAACCAUCGAUAUGGUCAAUGGGGGACGUUCCAAUUUUACCACUUGCCUGAUUGGCUUCAACCCCGUGGACCGUGCCCGCGAUGCUCCCGUCGAAAAUUGGGACCGUACUUGCCACCAGGUCUUCAAUGAAUUAGAGCGGCGAUCGCUUGAAGAUGAUGACGGUCUCAGCUGGGUUCUCAAUCCAAUCGUCGGACCUGAGCCCAUCACGGGCUCCAGUCGCAUGAAAGGUGGCAGCAUGACCCACAUCCUACUCAACGCCAUCUUUUUGCCUGCGCUGCAUAACAUCAUGGCCGACGUAAUUCCAGCCCCAAAGCACGACCUGCGCCUGCACUCACCCACGGACGCUGUCAUGUAUUUUGAACGAGUUGCGCGCCAAGUGCAUCUAGCCUGUGAUGACGUGGCAUCCCUCGUGAGCCUGGCAGGCCAAGCCUUGCGGCACCGCCGCAACAACCACCUCUAUUACGUGGGCAUUGGUACUGCUGGGCUCAUGGGUCUGAUCGAUGCCUCGGAAAUGGUCGACACCUAUGGUUGUCGAGAUGAUGAGGUCCGUGCCUUCAUUCAGGCUGGUUGGGCCGCCUGUGGAAAUGUUGAAGGCGAUAUUUCUGGCAAGGGGCCUGCGUUUUGCUUAAACACGGAUGAGUUUGAACGUGACAUCUUGCCGACCCUGACUGAACGCGACACAGUCAUUGUCCUGUCUUUGGACGAGCCAGCUGUGCAGGCCGAUGAUACCCAGCUCUUGGUUCGCAAACUGGUGUCAUCGCCCGCAAAGUUGGGUUGCGUACACAUUGGUCGAUCCAACCUUCCUCCCUCCCACCUAGGCGCAAAUGUGGAUGAGUUUGAAGCCACUUGCAUAGCGCAGUGUGAUGAGUUGGACAUUGGCAACGAGCCCAUCUUUGCCAUGUUUGGGCUGAAGCUUAUUCUCAAUGUUAUUACCACGGGCGCCAAUAUCCUGCGCGGGGCCGUUCAUGGCAAUACCAUGAUCAACGUGACAGUGUCCAACAACAAACUGUUUUAUCGCGCAGCGGAAAUUGUUGCCAAUCUGGCGCACUGCUCUGAAGAGUCAGGCCAAGUGGCGUUGCUCAAGGCGAUCUAUCAGACUGACGAGGUCGACGAAGCCAUCACUAGCCUUCCGCUGUCCGAGCAUAUCAAAAAAGCAACGCCAAUGAAGUUUAUUGUUCCGACGGCAAGUCUGAUGGCGUCUGGCAAGCUCUCUCUAGCAAGCGCCAACAAGCACCUGCAGAGCAAUCACACUCCAUUGCGUCAGAUUCUGGCACUCGCCAUGGCCAAAGCUGAGUAA